AUGGUGAGGAUGUCCAGACCAUUAUUCCUCGAUUGGCCCUGGAGACCCCUCUGCAGCCCCUCCCAAUCUCUCCCACUGACCCACGGACCAGAAGGCUGGAUUUUGCAAUGGAAGGGAACUUGCAGGCAGCAGACAGCUCUGCACUGUCCCUUUGAUUUUCCUCAGGCACCUCUGGAGAGAGGGAGACACCCUCUCAGCCAAGUACCCAACAAGGGACAUGAGAAGGCUUCUGCUGUGCAGCUGCCAGAGAAACAGGGGACAGAUCAAAGCAGGAGAGGACCAACAUCUGUGGUAACCAAAGCAAGGACAAGUUACCCUGAGUCAGAAACCCUCAUUGUGUAUUUGUGCAGUUACUUUUGGAACUCAAAUAAAGGACUUUACAUGUCAGGUAAAGAUGUCUUGGUUCCACCUGAAUUCCUUCCAUGCUUUUCAGCGACUGAACCAUUUGGGUGGCCUGGAAGAGCCUGUGAGCUCCCUGGAGAAAGGAGACAGUGUGGAUGGAGAAGAAUCUGGAGUAGAGACGAGUCUGGGGACCCUGCCUUUCAAGUCUUUUGUGUGAGGGCUGCGUUGGUGGCCCAACUAGCCAGGGAAGGGCUAUGGUAUGCGGGGUCAGGCGGGAAUAGGCAGGAAAUGUUUGUGAUAAGAGGCUUUGCCUCUUGCAAGCUCCUCCGAUUUCCAGACCCAGCUGCAGGAUAAGGGCCCAGGAACUGAGCAGGGAGCCUCAGAGGAGGCUGCUGCAAGAGCCAGCUCUUGGGAUUUCAGCAGGCAGAGUUGCAAUCAGAGGCCCCUGGGGUACCUGUAGACCGUGCCUGGGGAUAGAAACGACCCUGGGAACCCAGCCAGGGCUGCCUUCCUUUGGGAUCAGGAAUUUCAAUCAUACUUCAGAGGGCCAAAUCAAUCCCUUAAGAAAAAUAAAACAAAACAAACCCCGGCUUUGUUAAUCCAAGUUGCUGAGAGGGUGGAGCAGGUGGGAACUACAGACUUGACCCCCCAGGGGAUUUCAUGCCCUGGAUUGGUCCCAGUUGGAGCCAUUCAUUAAUGUUAACCAGUAGAAAUGGAAAAUGGAAGGGUGCACUGACAAAAGACCAGGCUGGAAGCUCUGAGAAGGAAUCUAUCCCAAAGGGAUCAUCUGCUGGGGAUAAAUAGAGUCAUCGAACAGUGUGUCAUGCAGGCAUUUGCAAAGCUUGGUGCUCCUUAGAUUUCCAGUGUCUCCUCUUUGCCCAAGGCCCAGUGACUCCACCAUCUGUGGUUGACUUGGCCAGCUCACAAAGGAGCAAGAUGUGCUGCACAGGAACACCCCAUGAGCGGGGAUGAGGCUACAGGCCACUUGCUAUUGUACCAGCUCCCCUUCUUAAGGAUUAGCAGCUUCUAUCUAUCCCUGGAGGCUGCACUGUAAAUGCCUGUGUAAUGCUAAUUUGUGGUUGGCAGGAGAUUGAUUGGGAAGGAGCAGGACAAUGGCAAGAGGAGGCUGAGCUCCCUCCUCCUCCUAGUGUAAUGGUGUGCGUGCAUGCUCUGUGUGUGUGUGUGUGUGUGUGUGUGUAUGUGUGUAUCUUCUGGGAGAAAUGUAGCAACAAGCCCACAGAAGAGAUGAUUAUUCAAAGAGAGGAAGAAGAUUUACUCACUGAUGCCCAGAAUCUGAAAGGCAUGUCUGGAGUGGAGAGAUGGGAGUCUAUGAAGCACAAAUCCAGGGAGAUUUUUUGAUGGGAGUAAGUGACACCCCAUCACUCUUAACAUAUUCCAUUCAUUAGAACCAAGUCCCUAAGUCCACCCCAGGCUUAGAGGAAGGGAUUACAUGGGAGGCAAGAAUCACUGAGAGCCAUUUCGGAAACUGCCUACACUUAGAAAAACACUUAAAAAGCUCCCGGCCAAGGGCCUGGCACAUAGCAAGUGCUCAAGGAAUUGUUACUUGGACCAAUGACUGUUCUAGGAUGUGAGCUAGGUUUUCCCGUAGUGGCCUGAGUCUCUGCUGUCCCAUCUUUUUUCCUGUUGGUACUGCUGGGUUUUCAGCAAAGGCUUUUCCCUCUGACACUGGGAGGUUUGUGACUAGGCUCUCUGGGUAUGGGCCAGCAGACAGGAUAGACGCUAACUUACACUCUUGCCAUCUUCCGAACAGCCUCUUCAUGACCAUGUGUGGUCUUGCUUUGUGGUCAGUGUACAGAUAUUUUAAUUUCCUGCUCACCUGCUCAGAGGAGGAUCUGAUUUCUUCUUGCAUUUAUUUUUCUCCCCGGCAGCCUGUGGACAGGUAUUUCUGUUUGACCAUCUGGUAGCCAUUCACCUUUAUGGUGGUUUGAGAAAGGAAUCAAUUUCACUUGUUUCUUUAGUAAUAUCUGCCUCUUUUGACAGCAAGUUACCUUUAUCACCUCUUAAAAUUCUUACUAUGUUGGACCUUCUGGUACCUUGGGGGCUCCUUCAAUCCCCUAACUUUGUGCAACUGCAUCUCCCUCUUUGGUUUAGCUUCUCAGGCCUUUCUUUUUGCACCACGGUUUAAUACAUUCCAUAUAUACUUCUAAGUCUGCUGGUACCUCUCCCCACCCACUGCCUGCUGAGAGUGAUGGAUUCUUCCUGGCUGGACCAAGUCUAAAGUAAUCAGAAAACAACUGAAAGAGAAAAGCUGACCCCUGCCCUCAUCCUGCCCCUCUGCAGACUUCUUGAAGCCUUUUGUCUAAUUGUGGUGGGUAAUGUGGGCAGGGCAAAAAAUGGGGAAGAUAGAGCAAAUUUCUGGGCAAGAAUGAGGGGAGAGGUGAGUGGAGCAUCUUCAUUUUGCUCUGGUUUUGUAUCAUGGGUGUCUCCAGGGCCUACUGUCUCCUCCGAGACUCCUAGAAAGUGAGGAGCCAUGGAUUGGUAUCCUACUAACAGAUAGAACAUCAGAGGCCUGUGGUAAGGAGUAUAAUAAGCUCAGCUCACCGUGCUCUGUUUUGUUUUUGUUGGAAGAAGUGUUGAAAAAAGGAGUGGUUAUACACUGGCCUAUCUAGCCAUAGAAUACAAACACUUAGGGUGAGCACCAGGGAAUGCCUUUUCUGAAAAUGGUGCUGCAUGGAAUGGAUGAUUAAUUCCCUAGUUAAAAUGAAGCCAGACUAUCUUUCAGAGUCUUAAGCCUCCUCCCAAUACCCUCCACAUACUAGUUUCUAGUUGGUUAAUGAAUAUGGUCACUAUUUCUAGGGCCUGUUGCUCCAGUGUAGUGGUCAAGAGUGUACACUCCUAUUUACAAUAGCAAAGACAUGGAACUAACCCAAAUGCCAUCAAUGAUAGACUGGAUAAAGAAAAUAUGGUACAUAUAUACCAUGGAAUACUAUGCAGCCCUAAGAAGGAAUGAGAUCAUGUCCUUUGCAGGGACAUGGAUGAAGCUGGAAGCCAUCAUCCUCAGCAAACUAACACAGGAACAGAAAACCAAAUACCACAUGUUCUCACUCAUAAGUGGGAGCUGAACAAUGAGAACACAUGGACACAGGGAGGGGAACAUCACACACCAAGGCCUGUCUGGUGUGGGGAGGGGAGGGAGAGCAUCAGCACAAAUAGCUAAUGCAUGUGGGGCUUAAACCUAGAUGACGGGUUGAUAGGUGCAGCAAUCCACUAUGGCACACAUAUACCUAUGUAACAAACCAUACCUUCUGCACAUGUAUCCCAGAACU